AUGAAUUCAACAAAGCUGCAGCACCUGUUUUGGCUGUGCUGUUUGUGUUCCGCCUUCGAUUCCUGUAUUCGUAGGACCCCUGACAAGUUCCCGAGUCACGACUCCCGACUCCCGACUUACCCACGAGUCUACUAUCUACCCUCAAGGCAAUACCACCAUUAUUACCUCGAGUUCGAUGUUAAGCAUGGGACAAGGGGCAUAAUGAGCAUGGCUGGGUUUACCGAGAACCAGAUCAUGGUAAGGGAGGCCAUUGGCCGAAUCUGCUCCGAGUUCCCCAACACAUACUGGCAGGAACGAGACCAAACCGAGACCGAUCCGAAAGACUUCCACGCCGCCCUGGCCAAGGACGGCUGGCUGGGCAUCGCGCUCCCCGAGUCUCUCGGCGGCGCCGGGCUGGGCAUCUCCGAGGCGACCAUGAUGAUGCAGGCCAUCACGGAAUCCGGCGCAGGCAUGGCGGGCGCGCAGUCCGUCCACGCCAACGUCUACGCCACCCAACCCCUGGCCGCCUUCGCGUCCCAGCCCCAGCUCGAGACGGCGAUCCCCAACGUCGUUUCCGGGAAAUGGCGCGUCUGUUUCGGCGUGACCGAGCCCGACGCGGGACUCGACACCUUAUCUCUAUCGACCACGGCCACCAAACGCAAAGACGGAUCGUACAGCAUCACGGGGAAGAAAAUCUGGAUCACCUGCGCCCAGGUCGCGGCCAAGAUGGUCCUCUUAGCGCGCACCGCACCCGACUCUCUUUCCCUCUUCUUCAUCCAUCUCGACAGAGACAAACCAGGCCUCGACAUCCGCAGGAUCAAGAAGAUGGGAGGCCGCGCCGUCGACGCCAACGAGGUCUUCUUCGACGACUACCGCGUGCCCAGCUCCUCUCUCAUCGGCGACGAAGGCAACGGCUUCAAGAUGAUCCUCCACGGCAUGAACGCCGAGCGGUGUCUCCUCGCCGGCGAGGCCCUCGGGCUGGGCUACGCCGCCCUGGCCAAGGCCGCCACCUACGCCAAGGAGCGCGUCGUGUUCCGGCGCCCCAUCGGCAUGAACCAAUCCGUCGCGCAUCCCCUGGCCGACGCGUACAUGCGUCUCGAAGCGGCCAAGCUGGCUACCUACCACGCGGCCAGGCUGUAUGACGCCAGCAGGGGCGGCGACGGUUCCGUCAGCGUCCACGACGUCGCUGUGGCCGCGAACAGCGCCAAGUACCUUGCGGCCGAGGCCGCCUUUGCGGCUUGCGAGAGGGCCGUCUUGGCCCAUGGCGGGAUGGGGUACGCCGUCGAGUACGAUGUCGAACGGUGGUUCAGGGAGUCUCUGGUGCCGCGCAUUGCACCGGUGAGCCGAGAGAUGAUCCUGAACUUUAUCAGCGAGAAGGUGCUCAAGUUGCCGCGGAGUUAUUGA